CUGGGGUUAGUUCCUGUUAGGCCCCGGCCGGGGGAGUAGGUUCAAGUCUCCUGAGAUGCCCGGUGGGCAGGGGCACCGGGAGCCGUGAGGGGAACGUGCGGACGCGGCGAGCCGAGCCCCACGGCAGGCCUCAGGAACCGGAGCGGCGGCCGAGCCCGCCUUCGCUGCACCAUGCUCAUAGAGGAUGUGGAUGCCCUCAAGUCCUGGCUGGCCAAGUUGCUGGAGCCGAUAUGUGAUGCUGACCCAUCAGCCUUGGCCAACUAUGUUGUAGCACUGGUCAAGAAGGACAAACCUGAGAAAGAAUUGAAAGCGUUUUGUGCUGAUCAGCUUGAUGUCUUUUUACAAAAAGAAACUUCAGGGUUUGUGGACAAAUUAUUUGAAAGUCUCUACACUAAGAAUUACCUUCCGCCUUUGGAACCAGUUAAGCCUGAGCCAAAACCACUUGUCCAUGAAAAAGAGGAAAUUAAAGAAGAGGUAUUUCAGGAGCCAGCAGAGGAAGAACGAGAUUGCAGAAAAAAGAAAUAUCCUAGUCCCCAGAAGACUCGUUCUGAAUCUAAUGAACGAAGGACACGAGAUAAAAAAAGAGAAGAUGGCAAGUGGAGAGAUUACGACCGCUACUAUGAGCGGAAUGAACUGUAUCGUGACAAGUAUGACUGGAGAAGAGGUCGGAGUAAGAGCCGGAGUAAGAGCCGAGGUUUGAGUCGGAGUAGAAGUCGGAGUAGGGGGCGCAGCAAAGACCGGGAUCCAAACAGGAAUGUUGAGCAUAGGGAAAGAUCAAAGUUUAAGAGUGAAAGAAAUGACCUGGAGAGUUCCUAUGUGCCUGUGUCUGCACCACCUAACUCUUCUGAGCAGUAUUCCUCUGGGGCCCAGUCUAUUCCCAGCACCGUUACUGUGAUUGCACCUGCUCACCACUCUGAAAACACAACUGAGAGCUGGUCUAAUUACUAUAACAAUCAUAGCUCUUCCAAUUCUUUUGGUCGAAACCCACCACCAAAGAGGCGAUGCCGAGAUUAUGAUGAAAGAGGAUUUUGUGUUCUUGGUGACCUUUGUCAGUUUGAUCAUGGAAAUGAUCCUCUGGUUGUUGAUGAAGUUGCUCUGCCAAGUAUGAUUCCUUUCCCGCCCCCUCCUCCGGGGCUUCCUCCUCCUCCGCCUCCUGGAAUGCUGAUGCCUCCGAUGCCAGGGCCAGGGCCAGGGCCAGGGCCAGGGCCAGGGCCAGGUCCGGGCCCAGGUCCUGGCCAUAGUAUGAGGCUUCCUGUUCCCCAAGGACAUGGUCAACCUCCGCCUUCUGUUGUGCUUCCCAUACCAAGACCACCCAUAACACAGUCAAGUUUAAUAAACAGCCGUGAUCAGCCUGGGACAAGUGCAGUGCCCAAUCUUGCACCAGUAGGAGCAAGACUACCUCCUCCUUUACCCCAGAACCUCCUUUAUACAGUAUCAGAACGACAGCCCAUGUAUUCUCGUGAGCAUGGUGCUGCUGCAUCUGAGCGAAUUCAGUUAGGGACACCGCCUCCUCUGUUGGCAGCUCGCUUGGUACCACCUCGCAACCUCAUGGGAUCUUCCAUUGGGUACCAUACCUCAGUCUCCAGUCCCACCCCUCUGGUCCCAGAUACAUACGAGCCGGAUGGUUACAACCCAGAAGCCCCUAGUAUUACCAGUUCUGGUAGAUCUCAGUACAGACAGUUCUUUUCAAGAACGCAGACACAGCGCCCCAACCUGAUUGGCCUGACCUCUGGAGAUAUGGAUACAAAUCCAAGAGCUGCCAACAUAGUCAUCCAGACAGAACCACCAGUUCCUGUAUCAAUUAAUAGCAACAUAACCAGAGUAGUUCUCGAACCAGAUAGUCGGAAAAGAGCAAUAAGUGGUAUAGAAGGACCUCUCACAAAGAAGCCAUGGCUGGGAAAGCAAGGGAAUAACAAUCAGAGUAAACCAGGAUUCUUAAGAAAGAACCAAUAUACAAACACCAAAUUAGAAGUGAAGAAAAUCCCUCAGGAAUUGAACAACAUUACCAAGCUCAAUGAACAUUUCAGCAAGUUUGGAACUAUUGUUAAUAUACAGGUUGCAUUUAAAGGUGAUCCAGAAGCAGCCCUCAUCCAGUAUCUUACCAAUGAGGAGGCCAGGAAAGCGAUUUCCAGCACGGAAGCAGUUCUAAACAACAGAUUCAUUCGAGUCCUAUGGCAUAGGGAAAAUAACGAGCAACCAGCAUUACAGUCCUCAUCACAGCUGCUUCUUCAACAACAGCAAACACUUAGUCAUCUUUCACAGCAGCAUCAUCACCUGCCUCAGCAUCUUCAUCCACAGCAGGUGCUGGCAACCCAGUCUCCUCCCUCAACGGUACACGGAGGCAUCCAGAAGAUGAUGAACAAGCCACAGACGCCAGGUGCAUACGUUCUUAACAAAGUUCCUGUUAAGCAUCGCCUUGGGCAUGCGAGUGGUAACCAGACUGAUGCGUCACACUUGCUCAGUCAGUCGGGUGGUGCAGGAGAGGAUUGUCAGAUAUUUUCAACACCAGGCCAUCCAAAAACGCUUUAUAGUUCUUCAAACUUAAAGACACCUUCCAAACUUUGUUCAGGUUCUAAAUCACAUGAUGUUCAAGAAGCAUUGAAAAAAAAACAGGAAGCAUUGAAACUACAACAAGAUAUGAGGAAAAAGAGGCAAGAAGUGUUAGAGAAACAAAUAGAAUGCCAAAAGAUGCUAAUAUCUAAGUUAGAAAAAAACAAAAACAUGAAACCAGAAGAAAGAGCAAAUAUAAUGAAGACUUUGAAAGAACUUGGAGAAAAGAUCUCACAAUUAAAGGAUGAAUUAAAGACGUCUUCUGCGGUUUCUGCACCAUCUAAAGUAAAGACAAAAACAGAGGCCCAGAAAGAGUUAUUAGAUACUGAACUGGACCUGCACAAGAGGCUGUCCUCAGGAGAAGACACAACAGAAUUACGGAAAAAGCUCAGUCAGUUACAGGUUGAGGCUGCGAGAUUAGGUAUUUUGCCUGUGGGUCGCGGAAAGCCCAUGUCCACCCAAGGCCGAGGAAGAGGCCGAGGCCGCGGAGGCAGAGGAAGGGGGUCCCUGAACCACAUGGUGGUGGAUCAUCGCCCCAGAGCACUAACAGUGGGAGGAUUCACUGAGGAGGAAAAAGAUGAACUACUUCAUUUCUCAGCAGCAAACCAAGGGUCAAAAUUCAAAGACCGUCGACUACAGAUAUCAUGGCACAAGCCUAAGGUGCCGUCCAUAUCCACCGAGACUGAGGAAGAGGAAGCCAAGGAAGAGGAGACAGAAACCUCAGAUUUGUUUUUGCAUGAUGAUGAUGACGAAGAUGAAGAUGAAUAUGAGUCUCGUUCAUGGCGAAGAUGAAAUCUGAUGCAAGCUGUAUAAUUUUUAGGAGUAUUGUUUAGAAGAACAACUUUUUAAAAUUAUUUAAAGAAGUCAAUGAGCCAAAAAAAGUUUUUUUUUUUUAAUUUUUGUUUUCAACAGAGUAGGUUUCAGGACAGCAAGUUUGCUAUCUAAACACAUCUCAUAACUGUACACGAUAUUGAAGCACCAAAGGCCUAGUGACUUUGACACAGUUGUGAAGAUCUACAGGAAUGCCAUGGAUAAUCUAGAGCCUUAUUUUCCACACCUGCUUUUGUUGCUACUGGUGUUGGAUGACGAUGUAAAUGACAGGGUGUUCAUAAAUUUUAUUUUGGAUUAUAAUCUGAUAAAAUUGCAUUAAAUGACAAAAUUGCCUGGAAUCUCUAACUUUCAGCUAUUAUGGAUGGGUCGUCAGACAGUAGGAGCUAUUUGUAAUUAAAAUACUCUUUUGCUUUCAAGAGUUGUCUUGAAAGAAAAGUGAAUUUAUUUUGAUUUUUUUACUGUAGAAAAGUCCAAUUUGUAUUCAAUCUCAAUUUUUUUCAGGUUUUUUAUGUGCAGUAAUACUAUUUCAGUGAAAAAAUCACAACAAACUCUGUUAUUAAAUACUAUGAGGUAAUGGUAGCUAGCUCUGUGCUAUUUCCAUUCUCACGUUAACUUCUGUCCUCAUCUUCCUACUGACCUUUGCUUUGCCACUUAGCAUUGGUUCAGUUGGUUCCUUUUUUUUUUUACGUAAUACUUUUAGAAUGUAAACGGCUUUCACCUAUUGCCUCUUUCUUGUCCCCCUUUUUAUUCUUCUUAGCUGUUUAUUCAUAGGCCUAAUGUACUCAUUAUUAAGAUAAAUGAUUCAUUUGGGCCACCCAAAGUCAGUCCCCAAUAAAAGGUUUAAACCAACGCCUUGAUAAAUAAGUGAUGUUUUGAUCAGAAUAAUAGAAGAAUGGGGGAGUCACCAGCUUUUCAGUUUUUCUAUUUUCAGUCUUCAAUUUAGUUAUGCAAAAGGGUUAAAAAAUAUAUCUGAAAUUUUAAAAAUUUAAACCAUGAUGGUGAGGGUAGUGGGUGGGGAGGGUGGAGAUAGGGUAGGGGCUGGGUAUGUUAGUCAUAAAUGGGAACCCUAACUUUGAUCAGAUGGUCUUCUAUUUUCAUAUUUUCAUAGCGUGUUGCUGUCCAUGAACAUAUACUUCUUCAGUAGACAGCUUCCUUUGCUGUGUGCGUUUUUACUGUACACUGUAUAGAGUAUCUGUUAAGUAAAAUGUGUACAUGUCUGUCCUUGUGUUCUGAAUGUCAGAUGGGAAAGCAGAGGAGCAACACUACACUGUACACUAGGGAAAUAAAAGCUAUGAUUGUACGUAGGAUAUCACUUUUUCAAGGAUAUACACAUCUGUGCUCUUAUGUACAUGUGGUGUGAAAAUUUGAGAUUUCCUGUUGGCUUCAAAGGGUUCUUGGUGAUCAGUCUAUCAAGAAUUUUGUUUUCUGAGAUAAAGACUGUUUUUCAGAAUACAAACUGUUCACUUUUAAGAAACUUAAAAAACCGUCAGGACUCUAGAUUUUACCUAGCUACAAGGAGUUAAAUCCCAAGUUCUAAUCAUCUUUUCUACGUAACUUCCUGGAAUGAGGUAUCUGGCCAGGAUCAUUUUUAAGUUUGCGUGCAUCCUCUUUCAAGGUUAUUGUAGCAUAUCCAGUAACACUGAAGUGGAGAUAAGCUUAUGAAGCUUAGAAGGAACAUGUGAGAAAGGGGUCUCUGAAAUAAGCACUCUUGCUCCUUACUCCUCCGUCGUCUAAGGAAAGUUUUUGGAUGUCUGCGGCUCAGUCCGUAUAUAUUUUGGAAGAUUCAUUGUGGUGAAUAUUUUGAGUCCUGACAGUUUAAACGCGAUAGAGGGAACAAAGGAUUUAUAUAUUUUUUGUACAAAGUUUUUUCUUAAACUGUAUAAUUUUGUAAAUAAUUUGGUUUUCGCUUCUGUUUUGUUUUUGGUCUUUUUUUUUUCCUUGUGUGUGUGUGUACUAAAACUACCAGCGUAUAGAUUUCAAUAAAAAUUGUUGUAUUUUUGUAUUUGGAAACUGAAAAUUACAAUAAAUUAAUGGAGCUGUAAGAAUUUUCAGUAGACUGACAGUUCAGUAGAAUGAGAUUCCUUUUCAUAUGAUUUUUUGGCCCUCAAAAUUGACAUCUUGUUCUGCUCUUAGUAAAGAGAAAAAGUUGAGAAAUUAAGUUUUUGGUUUUUGGGGGGCAGGGGAUAAAAGAAAAAUGUUGGACAGUUUUUCAGUGAACUUUGAGGUUCGUUUGUUUAAAUUUUGUUUUUAGUUAACCUUACAUAGGACUAAAGUAAUUUCAAAGUGUCAUUUCUAGUAAUUGUAAAACAUUUUGACUCAUGAAUGAAUUAAAAAUGUGGGUUAGUUAUGUUAGGUAACUUAAGCAUAAAGCAAUUGAAUACACAGUUCUGUGUGUGUGUGUUUUUUUUUAACCCUCCCUUGUGGAGUUUUUUAUUCUGCCUUACAAAUCUACAACGUUGAAGUUUCCCUAAAAGUGAAGAACCACAAAAAUGACGUCUUCAUUUGACACAGAUUAACAUACAACAUGCAAGGCAGAAUCUGCUAUUCUUAUUAUGCAUGAUAUAUUUAUUAAGUAGCUGAUGAGCAACCCCAGCAGGCUAUCCACAUCAGCCCAAUUUACUGGAUUACUGACUAAUCUCAAGAUACUCCCAAGGAAAUUAAUUACCUUCAGUUUCUUCAAGUAACAUUGGGAAAAUACUGUCACCAGCUAAGAUAAUCAAAUGGGAAAUAUUUCUGUUAAGGUGAAGAGCUCCGAGGUGAAGGAUCAUUAUUUCAAAAGAAAAAGAAAAAAUCAUGUGAAAAGGAAUAGAGGUUCCUCUUGAUGUAUAGUUUGCCUGUAUUAUAGUUUUUAUGAAAUUGUGAAUUUGUGUAAUAGUAUAAUAGGAGAUAUUGUUGAAUUUCUAACUGUUUAUACAUUUAAAUUCAUAUAUGUAAUGUUUGUUUUAUGGAUUACAAUCUGAAUUUCUAAGAAGCAUGUUGACUUUUGCAAUAAAGAUGCAAUAUGGAAUGGUUCACAAUUGAAAAAAAAAAAAGAUGAAACUAUCACAAAAUUUCAAAAAAUUUGGAUAAUUUCUGAACCAUUCCAAAACUAUAACAAUCACCAAAAGAGCUGUAAUUCUGACUUGUUCUGGAAAGAAAGUGCAUGUAAGUAUGCUUGCUCAUGAGAGUCAGUGCUGGCUGUGUAUGUGUGUUUAUGUCGAGUUCACAUAAAUGGGAGAGUGUCACGCAGUAUGAAGUUGCUGGCUGUGAAGUAUUUAGUAGCAUAAUUGCCUCCACAGGGUAGGAUGAAGAAAGAAAGAACAAAGAUAUUAAAUAGCUGUUUAAGGGUAAUCCUUUGUAGCCUUAUGAAUUUGGUUCAUGGAUGGACCUUCGUAUCCCAGAUACAAAGCAGGAACAGUUUUAUGAUAGCAACCAUUUCCAUGUUCCUUUGAUAACACCUGCGGUCAAUAAGAAGGGAGAGAAAGCCGACAGGAGAUGACUCCAAGAUGCAUCUUGCUGUGUGAUAAAGCAGGACUCACUGGAGAAGGCAGUGAUGGCACACUGUAAGGACUGGGUGUGGUGGGAAAUGGAAGGCAGGAUAUCACUUCUCCUUUUAAAAAUUGCUAUUCUGAAAGCUCCCUUUGAAUGGUUAUGGAGUAAGAAAGGUCAUCUUUGAGUUUCAGCUUUUAUAGGACAACAGUAAAGAAUGAGAGUUUAUUGUCAUGUUUGCAAACCGAGGCAUUUGCAUUUUCAAUAUGUGAAUAGCAAGCUCUGUGUGACUUUGUUUUGAACAGAUCUCGGUACAUCAAUAAUAAACUAGUUAUGGGACUUUGGGGGAGGACAGAUAUAAUUCUGAAAACAAGUAUAUUGCAUUAAGAGCAGCAAAAUAAGUGUUUUACUAAAAUGGAGUGCUGGUUAAUAGGAAUGAAUGGUUUUAUGUAAAGCUUUCAAUGUAAAUUUUACUGAGGCCAAGGAUAUAUUUUGAGUCAUCAGCCCAGCAUAUAAAAGAUCUUGUUCAACAAAUAUCUGCCAAUAUAAACAAGGUUUUGGAUAGCUGAGGACUGCUUUAGACUAAAUGGAUUAACACUACCUUGUAGAACUCUCAUAUUGUAUUAAUUGUUAGUCUCAAGGACUACUUGAGGGGUCAGCCAAUGUUGACUUAGAGCGAUAUCACAUGCUACACGAAUCAUUUCCAAGUGGUGAUAAUUGGUUUCCAAAUAUACUUUAAAAAU